UUGAAAAAUAGACGUGGCUAAAAAAAUGAAGGAAAGAUGUUCUGAUAUGAUAUUAAAUUUACUUUGGGGUUGCUGAAGAUCACACUGAUGUUCAAGAAUAUACAGAGUUAAGUUUUAGCGGCUUGAAUGUUGGGGGAGGGAAUGGAAGAAGGAUGGGUUGUUCGUCUGCUUAGCAAGUGCAGAAACCUGAAAUCCACGAAGCAAAUCCACUGUCACAUCGUGAAAACCGGUCUUCACGCAGACCCCUUUGUGUUUGGCAAACUCCUCCUUCACUGUGCCGUUUCCAUCUCCGAUGCUCUCCAUUACUCUCUCAGGCUCUUCCACCACUUCCCCAAUCCUGACACCUUCAUGCACAAUACCCUCAUUCGCGGACUCUCUUUCUCCCAAACCCCUCUCCUUUCCCUCCACCCAUUCAUCCAACUGCGUCGCCAACCCACCCUCUCCCCCGACAGCUUCUCUUUCGCCUUCGUCCUCAAAGGGGUCGCCGACUCUCGCCAACUUAGGCCCGGCAUUCAGCUGCAUUCUCAAGCUUUUCACCACGGCUUUGACACCCAUAUCUUCGUUGGGACAACGUUGAUCAGCAUGUACGCUGAAUGCGGGGACUCCCUCUCCGCGCGACGAGUGUUCGAUGAAAUGUAUGAACCAAACGUCGUCGCAUGGAACGCUGCUGUCACUGCGGCUUUCAGGUGUGGUGACGUGGAAGGCGCAGGGGACGUGUUUGGGCGAAUGCCUGUUCGGAAUUUGACCUCGUGGAAUGCCAUGCUUGCUGGUUAUGCCAAGGCAGGUGAGCUUGGGUUGGCGAGGAGAGUUUUUUGUGAUAUGCCUCUUAGAGAUGAGGUUUCUUGGAGCACUAUGAUUAUUGGGUUUGCUCAUAAUGGUUGUUUUGACGAGGCUUUUGGGUUUUUCAGGGAGUUGCUGGGCGAGGGAAUUGGGACAAAUGAAGUGAGCCUCACUGGGGUGCUGUCUGCUUGUGCACAGGCUGGGGCGUUUGAGUUUGGGAAGAUUUUACAUGGGUUUCUGGAGAAAGCUGGGUUUCUUUAUGUUGGUUCUGUGAAUAAUGCUCUCAUAGAUACCUACUCCAAGUGUGGGAAUGUAGCUAUGGCUAGGUUGGUUUUUCAGAAUAUGCCAGUGGCAAGGAGCAUUGUUUCUUGGACAUCGAUAAUAGCAGGGCUUGCUAUGCAUGGUUAUGGAGAAGAGGCAAUACAGCUUUUCCAUGAGAUGGAAGAGACUGGAGUUAGGCCAGAUGGUAUUACUUUUAUAUCACUACUAUAUGCUUGUAGCCAUAGUGGCUUGGUUGAGGAAGGGUAUGGUUUUUUUUCUAAGAUGAAGAAUGUGUACGGUAUUGAACCUGCCAUUGAGCAUUAUGGUUGCAUGGUUGAUCUGUACGGUCGAGCUGCUAGGUUGCAUAAGGCCUAUGAAUUUAUAUGUGAAAUGCCAGUUUCUCCUAAUGCUAUCAUUUGGAGGACACUCCUUGGGGCUUGUAGCAUUCAUGGUAAUAUUGAAUUGGCAGAGCUUGUGAAAGCAAGGCUGGCUGAAAUGGACCCAGACAACUCUGGUGACCAUGUACUACUCUCAAAUGUUUAUGCCGUUGCAGGGAAAUGGAAGGAUGUUGCCAGCAUCAGAAGAAUCAUGACUGAGCAUAGCAUGAAAAAAGCUCCUGGUUGGAGCAUGAUAGAAAUUGACAAGGUCAUCUAUUGUUUUGUGGCAGGUGAAAAACCUAAUGAGGUCACAAAAGAGGCUCAUGAAAAACUGAGGGAAAUAAUGUUGAGACUCAGAGUAGAAGCAGGUUAUGCGCCACAGCUAAGGAUUGUUCUGCAUGACAUUGAAGAGGAAGAAAAAGAAGAUUCAGUUUCUAAGCACAGUGAGAAGCUUGCUGCAGCUUUUGGAAUAGCAAAACUUCCCAAAGGAAGGAUUUUAAGAAUUGUGAAGAAUCUUAGGGUUUGUGGGGACUGCCAUACCGUGAUGAAGCUGAUUUCUAAAAUUUAUGGAGUAGAAAUCGUAGUGAGAGAUAGAAGCCGCUUCCACUCGUUCAAAGAUGGAUUCUGUUCUUGCAGAGAUUACUGGUGACAGAUAGCUCAAUGCUGAUGACAUGACAGCAAUUUGGCGUACAUGAUGUGUGAGGCAUGUUGGUCUAAUAUAAUGGCUACUAGAGAAGCAUCUAGCUAUUCUGUCUAGUGGUUUUUCCGCCCUUACUGGAGAAGUAUGGUGAAAUGGUUAAUGCCCAUUAAAUGAGAAGAAAGCCAAUAACUACUGUUUUUUCUACCAUCAUUCCUCUAGAGUACAAGACACCUGUUGGAAGACAAAAAGAGACAAGUGAAAAGGAUGAAUCAACAAAAGCCAUACAAACUAGUGAGGAGCAGCGCUUAAUUGAGUUAUUCAGAAUACAACGAUUACGGUAACAACAAAAAUAAUUGUCAAAACAUCACUUUACCCUCACGGAGACAAAUAAACAUGGAAUGUUUCAAUCCGUUGAUGAACAAGCUGCUUAGGGCCUCCCAAAUAGCAUGCCACUUGGAUUUUCCGGCAACAUCAAUUCUUUAUUAUGAUAAUGAUAGCCAUACCCUUGCUCCUUGUUCCCGUGCACCUACCUCAAACCAAAAUUUGACGGGAACAUCAAAUGGUCUCUCCAACAGGUCAUGGGAAUUGGAGUUCAGUGGCAAUGAUUGUGGAUAGAAUAUAACAGAGAACAGUGCCAGGUCCAUUAUCAAUGACAAUUCUUUGCUGAAGUAGCUAGGCAGUUGUUGUAGUAGCAGAACUUGGUCUCUUGGUGACUAUGGCGGAUCGAACGGUCUCUUGUUGGGAGAGACUAGUUGUAGCUUUGGUAGUAACAUUUUAAAUGGAAAGAUGUUGGCUCAGUUCAUUGCAUCGGCUUUGUGAAUAUAGUCCCAUGGCACCCUUAAUGCAUCAAAUGCAAGAAGAC